AUGUUUUCUUGUCCAGCAUCUUCAUUACAUCCAGUUUAUUGUCCUCUUCACACUUCGGCUCUACUACCUGCGCAGAAUUCCCCAUUAUUUUUCACUAGCAACAGAUCUCAGCAAGGUAAUUUUUUCAUUUCUGCUGCACUUCCUACCUCUACUCAAAGCCCAAAAGGUACCCCUAUUUCGCCAAAGUUCCAAGAUUUUCUUGAAACAGUUGUGGCAGUUCCCACUUCUCAGAAAAAUGAAGCUGUGGAUAAAUUCCAGAGAGAGGGCAGAUUACGAACCAUAUCAGAAUUCAACUAUUUGCUUAUGGCUUUGGUCACAGCAGAUGAGUUUGAAUUAGCAUCGAAAUUGAAGUCCAAAUUAUCCUCUUUCGGUUUAGACCCUGAUAGUUGCACAUACUCAAUUUUGGUGACUAGUUACUGCAAGACGAAUGAGCCAAACGAAGCGAAAACAGUUUUGGAUCGUAUGCUGGAAAAUGGGUUCCAACCCAAUGUUGCUACAUUCACUACAUUGAUCAAUUCGUUCUGUCAAAAAGGAAGAUUGCAGGAUGCCUAUGAGGUGUUUGAUAUAAUGGCUAAAAUUGGAUGUGAACCAACAAUCAAUACAUAUAAUUGCUUGUUGAAGGGGCUGUGCUAUGUGGGGAGAGUGGAGGAAGCCUAUGAAUUGCUAUUGAAUGUCAAGAAAUCUUUGUUCAAACCAGAUAUUUAUACUUACACUGCGGUGAUGGAUGGUUUUUGCAAAGUGGGCAGAUCAAAUGAGGCAUUGGAAUUGCUUGAUGAAGCUUUAGAAAUGGGGUUGACACCAAAUGCAGUCACUUACAAUACUCUGUUUAAUGGUUACUUUAAGGAGGGAAGGCCUUUGGCUGGUAUUGGUUUGUUGAAGCAAAUGAAGGAGAGGAAUUACAAGCCAGAUUUCAUAAGUUAUAGUACAUUGUUACAUGGAAUGUUGAAAUGGGGUGAAACGAAGGCUGCUUUGGGGAUGUAUAAAGAGAUGAUAGGGAUCGGUUUUCAAGUCGAUGAGAGGAUGACAAACACCUUGUUGAGAAGGUUGUGCAGGAGUUCGCGAAAAGACAACAUUCUGCUGAAUGAUGUGUAUGAAGUGUUUGAGAAAAUGAAGAAUGAAGAUUUUGCUAUAUACUCUAGUACAUAUGAUCUAGUGGUUGAAGCCUUUUGCAAUGGAAAAGUGAAUGAUAAAGCAUUUGAGAUUUUAGACGAGAUGAUUAGGACUGGAUAUUCUCCAAGGACAAUCACGUUCAAUGUUGUUGUCCGAGCACUUGGUAUGGAUGGUAAUGUUGAAAAGGCAUUAUCAGUUUUGAUGCUAAUUCACAAAGACAGGAAGGCCAGCAGAAUUCCAUUCAACAUUUUGAUUAAUGAGUUGAAUAGACAAGGAAGGUCAUUAGGUGCUCGUACUGUAUAUGGUUUAGCAGUGAAAAGAGGGGUGGUGCCACAUAGAGAGCCUAGAAAAUGUUGA